CCGUCAAAGCCGCGCGGUCGGCCUCCAGGCCCUCCAGGCCCUUACCUCCACGGGUGUUUGGUCGGAGUCAUCUUCCCUGACGUGGGGCUCUUUGGCUUUUUACGAGCUAGCCGUGUCGCGCAGUCAUUAUAAGGCGCGCGCAGGCGGCCCCGCGUCAGACCAAUCCAAGAUGGCGGCCCGCAACGUCCUGUUCGCCCUGGCGGUCGUGCUCCUGCUCGGCGCCGUCCUCGCCGACCACAACAAGAGGCCCAAGUCCAAGCCCCUCAAGAAGGGCGAGUUGUCCCUCGACGUGAUGCCGUACGGGGCUCGACGCUUCGCCGGCCUCCACGGCGCGGCCGAUGUCCAGCUUCACCACCACCUCACCAAGAGGUUCUUCGGCGUGCACAUCCACAAGAGGCCCAAAGUGUACCUGGUGAACCAGGUGCCCCAGCAGGUGGUCUACAUCAGGAAGCACCACCGCCACCACGCCUUCCAGACCGUGGUGCAGCCCAGCCUGUCCGUGCACCUGGGCCACCGCCACCACCGCCACCGCCACCACCACGCCCGCUUCAACGUGCACCUCGGGCUCGGACACUGAGCCAACCAACCUCAAGGAACACCCCCCACUCAGUUUGGAACAACCCACCACCUCCUCCACAGCGUGCACAUUACUUUGUCUUCAGUUUGUAAACAAUAACACGGUUUUGAAUUUGUGAAAAAAAAUCCGGAAGUGUCCGUCUGCCUGCUCUCCAUUA